AUUUUAUUUUAUUAAAUGACUGUAAUCUUAAAGUAACAGCUGAACAAGAGUUCCCACAACAACAGAGACCCUAAGCUCUCCUUACGUCAUCUUCGCAGAUGUUGAAAACUUAACCCUUUGCGUAAUUCCUCAUUACGAUCGCCUCCACCUCGCUCCAGACCAUCCAGACGCGCCUGGACAAGUCAGGAAAGUUACAAUUAUCCUUCCCAUCAAAUGAGACAACACUUUGCUGCAGCGCAGGAUCGACCACAGAGAAGGAGAAGGAGAAAUAGGAGGAAGAGGAAAAAACUAGUUAGUGUGUGAAGCGGGGAGGACCACAGCGCACGGAGAUUUUACGCAUCCACCCCACUUUCCACUCGGGAACAAUGACUACUUUAUUAAAAUACAUAGCUCUCCUCUUCUUUUCAGCUUCUGUCAUCAAUGGCUCUAAUAUUUGUACAUCAAGAGGAAGUACGACCUGUAAACAGUGCCUGGCCGUUCAUCCAAGCUGCGCCUGGUGUUUUCAAGAGGACUUCGGGAAGGGUCGGCCCAGCGUCUCUCGGUGCGACCUGAAGCAGAAUCUGCUGAAUGAAGGGUGCAAUGCAGCGGCCGUGGAGUUUCCAAGCAGCACCAUAACAAUUCAAAAGGACACGCCCCUCAGUGACAGGGCCUCAGGGGCAACCGAGGAUGUUACUCAGAUCAGGCCUCAGAAAAUUCACAUGACACUGAGACCAGGUGACUCCAAGUUUUUCACUGUGAGCAUAAAGCAGGUGGAGGAUUACCCCGUCGACCUCUACUAUUUGAUGGAUCUCUCGUAUUCCAUGAAGGACGACUUGUUCAACCUGCAAACUUUGGGCAGCAAGCUUGCAGAGACCAUGGCCCGGACCACGAGUAAACUGCGAAUGGGAUUUGGGGCCUUCGUGGACAAGACCACGUCCCCGUACAUGUAUAUGUACCCCCAAGAAGCUAUAGAAAACCCUUGCAUGAAAAUUAACCGGCAAUGCAAAGCUCAGUUUGGCUUCAAGCAUGUGCUGUCGCUGACUGAGCAGGUGGCUCGCUUCACAGAGGAAGUGAAGAAGCAGGAGGUGUCCAGAAACAGGGAUUCUCCAGAGGGGGGGUUUGAUGCAAUUGUUCAGGCUGUGGUUUGUAAGGAUAAGAUCGGUUGGCGCUCAGAUGCUUCACAUCUUUUAGUUUUCACAACUGAUGCCAAAACUCACACGGCUCUGGAUGGACGCAUAGCCGGCAUCGUCCAGCCCAAUGAUGGAAAAUGUUACCUGGACACGAACGACCUUUACAACAAAACCACCGUGCUGGACUAUCCUUCCAUAGGACUCUUGAUGGAGAAACUAUCUGAAAACAACAUCAACUUAGUUUUUGCUGUGACUGACUAUGUGGUGCCACUGUACAAGGAAUACAGCCAACUCAUUCCGGGCACAACUGUGGGAAUGCUGUCCGAUGACUCUGGGAAUGUCAUUCAGCUGAUUGAAGAGGCCUACGCUAAAAUUCGGUCUAAAGUGGAGCUGGAGCUGUUAGGAUUACCGGAUGAGCUGAGUCUCUCCUUCAACGCCUCUUGCCUGAAAGGAGAAGUCAUUCCUGGAGUGAAAUCCUGUUCAGAGCUAAAGAUUGGAGACACUGUGUCUUUUAGCGUGGCAGCUCAGUUGAUUGGAUGCCCCAAGGAGAAAAGCCGCACCUUCACCAUCAAACCCCGGGGGUUUAAAGACUCUCUGGAGGUCACGGUAGAUUUCGCCUGCAGCUGCAACUGCGAGGCGAAGGCAGAAGUCAACAGCCCGCUCUGCAGCAACGGCAACGGCACCCACGAGUGCGGUAUCUGCCAGUGUCACCACGGCCGGCUGGGCCCGAGAUGCGAGUGUUCGGUGGAGGACUACAAGCUGUCCGAUGACGAUAACUGCGUCUCGAAGACGAGCGGUCGCGUCUGCAGCGGGAGAGGAGAAUGCUUGUGCGGACAGUGCUCCUGUCAUCCAAAUGACUUUGGCCAGGUGUGGGGCAAAUACUGCGAAUGUGACGACUUCAACUGCCCGCGCUUUAAAGGGGCCUUGUGCUCUGGGAACGGAAAGUGUGACUGUGGCAUUUGCCAGUGUGACGCCGGCUGGAAAGGAGAAAACUGCAACUGCACCACCCGCACAGACACCUGCCUGUCCAGCGCCGGGCUGCUGUGCAGCAGACUGGGAUACUGCGAGUGCGGGGUCUGUCAGUGCACCCAGCCCGGGGCGUACGGAGCCACCUGUGAAAAAUGCCCCACCUGUCCGGACUCCUGUACCAUUAAAAAGGCGUGUGUUGAGUGUCAGCAUUUUGAAAGAGGACAGUACACCACAGAUGACAGCUGUGACAGAAUCUGCAAGAAUGAGAUAAGAGUUGUGGAUGAACUUGUUCUGCGUGAUAAUGCCGUGAACUGCUCCUACAAAGACGAGAACGACUGCAUCGUGCACUUCCAGUAUUAUGAAGACCUUAGCGGGAAAUCUGUCCUGGCUGUGGUGAAAGAACCAGAGUGCCCUGAGGGUCCUGACAUCUUAGUGGUGCUCUUGGCGGUGGCUGGAGCCAUUCUCCUGCUGGGCCUGGUCGGUUUGCUCAUCUGGAAACUGCUCAUCACCAUCCACGACCGCAGAGAGUUUGCCAAAUUUGAGGAGGAGAGAACCAAAGCAAGAUGGGAUACGGCUAAUAAUCCUUUAUACAAAGGAGCUACAUCUACCUUCACCAACGUCGCAUAUCAAGGCAACUGAUGACUAAACGCAGUAAGAAUAAACUCAGGGUUCGUCGAGAUGGAUAAAGAAAAAGCUCCAACACAGAAUGGAUGGCAGGAAGCUGCAGGAAACCAGCUACAGCCACUGACAACUACUUAUCUACUGCAACAUAUUGCAAAAGCAAAUAAAACUUGUGAAACAAGUGUCAGAAAUUUUGGGUGAACUGAAGCUUUCCGGUUCUGCCCUGAACCAAGUUUGCAUUCUCUGUGAUCUGUACACUGUUGAGCGUCCAUACUGUCACUUUACAUUUGGGAGAAGUCCUGCUUAUUUUGCAUCGUUUUUCUACAACUGCUGUGAUUGUUCGAAUGUUUUUGCAAAAUUCUUUUAUUGCACUCUUUAUUUCCUGUCUUGUCAGUUUGUUUUUUUGUUUUACUUAAUACAUUUUUGGGGAAGACAUGUUAAAAAGAUUAAAAAAAAACUUUUUGAUGCAAA